CUUGGGCUAAGACGAGACUGAACGGCCGCGUCUGCUCGGGAGAGAGAGCGCUACAGUUCCGCCCCGCCCCGGCUCCCGUAGUUCUCUGGGGCGGAGCCUCGGGCCACGUGAUCCGCGCGGUGCUGCGCACGCGCAGUGCCCGUGGGGGCCAGCUCCGAGGAGGUGACAGCUUCCGGCCUGGCUUCCCCGCCUCCUGCGCGGCUGACGCGCUCGGGCUCCGCGGUGCGUGGCGGGGCGCUGCGUCCCCGAGUCGCCUUCCGCAGCUAUGGCCUGCUCCAUUGUCCAGUUCUGUCACUUCCAGGACCUCCAGGGCGCCCGGGACUUCCUGUUCCCGCAGCUGCGUGAGGACGCCCCGGGCGGCGCCACGCCGAGGGACCCGGGAAAAUCAACAGGCUGGGAAGAUGAUGGCUGGGGAGCAUGGGAGGAGGCAGAACUUCCAGAACUUGAAGAAGAAGGAAGCGCUUGCAAGACACAGAAAACUUCCUGGCUUCAGGACUGUGUUUUAUCCCUGUCUCCAAACAGUGAUCUUAUGGUCAUAGCGCGGGAACAGAAAGCUGUAUUUCUAGUGCCAAAAUGGAAACAGAGUGAUAAAGGAAAGGAAGAAAUGCAGUUUGCCGUUGCUUGGAGUGGCGCUUUAAGUGCUGAAGAAGGGGAAUUGGUGACAAGUGCUCUGUGCAUCCCACUGGCGAGCCAGAAGAGGAGUUCCACUGGGCGUCCUGACUGGACCUGCAUCGUGGUGGGUUUUACUUCAGGCUAUGUGCGCUUCUAUACCGAGAACGGCGUGCUCCUGCUCGCACAGCUGCUGAACGAGGACACGGUGCUGCAGCUGAAGUGCAGGACCUACGAGAUCCCCCGGCACCCCGGCGUGACUGAGCAGAAUGAAGAAUUGAGUAUCUUAUACCCAGCGGCCAUUGUGACCAUUGAUGGAUUCAGCCUUUUUCAGUCUCUUCGUGCCUGUCGAAACCAGGUAGCAAAAGCUGCAGCAUCAGGCACCGAGAGCAUCCAGCCGCCACCCUUGGCCUAUAAGAAGUGGGGUCUGCAGGAUGUGGACAGCAUCGUGGACCACGCUAGUAUUGGUAUUAUGACCCUGUCCCCUUUUGAUCAGAUGAAGACGGCCUCCAACAUAGGUGGGUUCAACGCAGCAAUCAAAAACAGCCCGCCUGCCAUGUCGCAGUACGUCACUGUGGGCGCCAACCCCUUCACUGGCUUCUUCUAUGCACUGGAGGGGAGCACACAGCCGUUAUUAUCUCAUGUUGCGCUCGCAGUUGCAAGUAAACUCACUUCCGCUUUAUUUAAUGCUGCCAGUGGUUGGCUUGGUUGGAAAAAUAAGCACGAAGAAGAGGCUGUCCAGAAGCAAAAGCCGAAGGUGGAGCCAGCUACCCCUUUAGCUGUAAGAUUUGGACUUCCAGAUUCUAGGCGCCAUGGCGAAAGCAUAUGUUUGUCCCCAUGUAACACGCUGGCAGCGGUGACGGAUGAUUUCGGCAGAGUCCUCUUAUUGGAUGUCGCUAGAGGAAUCGCAAUACGCAUGUGGAAAGGGUACCGAGACGCGCAGGUCGGGUGGGCGCAGAUCGUGGAGGACCUCCAGGAGAGAGCGCCGGAGACGGCCGACCCCGCCCCCUUCGGAAGUAGCCAGGGCCCCAGCCGGGUGGCUCAGUUCCUUGUGAUCUAUGCGCCAAGGAGGGGGAUUUUGGAGGUGUGGAGCACGCAGCAGGGGCCUCGAGUCGGAGCCUUCAACGUGGGCAAGCACUGCCGGCUGUUGUAUCCUGGCUAUAAAAUAAUGGGCCUAAACAAUGUCACCAGCCAAAGCUGGCAGCCACAGACGUACCAGAUCUGCCUCGUGGACCCGGUGUCUGGAAGUGUGAAGACAGUGAAUGUCCCCUUCCACUUGGCGCUGAGUGACAAGAAGUGCGAGCGGGCCAAGGACGUGCACCUGGUGAAAAGGCUGGCAGCCCUGCUGAAAGCCAGGCCGCCCGUUCCAGAUUCGAUUGAAACAGAAAUAAAGGAGUUAAUUCUAGAUAUUAAGUACCCUGCCACCAAAGCACAAGCUUUGGAGAGCAUCCUGGCAAGUGAGCGUCUCCCGUUGUCCUGCCUUAGAAACGUCACGCAGACGGUGGUGGACGCCCUGCAGAGCCAAGAGCUCGAGUCCUUGGAUGAGGGGCUGCUGCGGUUCUGCGCCAGUAAACUGAAAUUGCUGCAUCUUUAUGAGUCCGUCUGUCAGUUAAACUCCCGUGAUUUUCAGUCAGACACACAGUUCUCUGACAGAGACUUGGCUGUGUUACUAAGGCUUGAUGAAAAAGAACUGCUUAAGCUCCAGGCAUUACUAGAGAAAUAUAAACAAGAGAACACCAGGACUGCAGUUCGAUUCUCUGAUGACAGAGACGGUGUGCUGCCUGUCAAGACCUUCCUGGAAUACCUGGAGUAUGAGAAGGAUGCGCUCAGCAUAAAGAAGAUAAGCGAAGAGGAGUAUGUGGCUUUAGGCAGCUUCUUCUUUUGGAAGUGCUUGCAUGGAGAAAGCUCUACCGAGGACAUGUGCCUCACUUUGGAAGCUGCUGGACUCAGCCCUCAGUUGCUGCUGUCUCUGCUGCUGAGUGUGUGGCUCUCCAGGGAGAAGGCUGUCCUGGAGAAGCCGUGGUCUGUCUGCUGUCUGCACACGAUGCUGUCCCUCCUGAGCAGGAUGAAAGUGGCCAUCGAUGAGACCUGGGACUCGCAGUCCGUGUCCCCCUGGUGGCAGCAGAUGCGCGUGGCCUGCAUUCAGUCUGAGAACAGCGGGGCCGCGCUGCUGGCCGCACACGUGGGCCACUCGGUUGCCAUGCAGGUCUCAAACCACGUGACAGAGAAGAAGUCCUUGCAGACAGCGGGGGUCGACGCCGAGGCCCUCACAGACUCGUGGGAGGCGCUGUCCCUGGACACGGAGCACUGGAGGCUGCUCCUGAAGCAGCUGGAGGACUGCCUGCUCCUGCAGAGCCUGCUGCACAGCGGGUCCCGGCGGCCCCGAGCCUCCGCGCUGCAGGCCGAGCCGCUGCCCCAGCUGUCCGUGAAGAAGCUGCUGGAGGCAGGCAAAGGCGGCAUUGCAGACAGCGUGGCCAAGUGGGUGUGUAAGCAGGACUUGAGCCCUGCAGUGCUGAAACUGGCUAAUCCAGACAAAGACAGGGAGAAUCCAGAUGAAGCUGAGGAAGGCACUCACAGAGCUCUCCUGCAGGCGGCGGAGACAGAGGCAGACGUAGGAGCCAUCCCAGACCUGCUGCGCUUGGCCUGUGAGCAGUUCCCGUGCAGCCUGGAGCUGGACGUGCUACAUGCGCACUGCUGCUGGGAGUACGUGGUCCAGUGGAACAAAGACCCCGAGGAGGCGCGUUUCUUUGCGAGGUCCGUGGGACACCUGAAGCACAUUGUCAACGCGCACGUCCAGCAUGGCAUCGCACUCAUGCUGUGGAACACGUUCCUGGUGAAGAGGGUUUCCGCUGCCGCCUACCUGAUGGAUAAGGUUGGCAAAUCACCAAAGGACAGAUUAUGCCGGAGGGAUGUGGGCAUGAGCGACACGGCGAUGACGCCCUUCCUGGGCUGCUGCUUGGACCUCCUGCAGACCUUGAUGGAGGCCGACGUGGGCAGGGACGAGAUGCUGGCACCCGUGCUGGACACCGAGGACGCGUGGCUGGCGGCGGAGGGGCCCACGUGCAUCGUGGAGCUGGCGCUGGAGCAGAAGCCCGUGCACUACCCGCUGGUGCAGCACCACUCCGUGCUGUGCGCCGUGCUGGCCGCCGUGGCGCGCUUCGCGCUGAAGGCCGUGAAGCCGCUCGCCCUGUUUGACAGCAAGGGAAAAAACGCAUUUUUCAAAGACCUAACUACAAUCCAGUUAUUACCUAGUGGGGAGAUGGACCCAAAUUUUAUUUCCAUCCGACAGCAGUUCUUGCUGAAACUUGUUAGCGCUGCCGUCCAGGCCCAGCAUGCAGUCCCGCAGGACAGAGCGCCCUCGGCCCAGGCAGAGGCGGCCACCACGCCUUGUGAGGACCAGGACUGGCCGGCUCUGGCCGUGGACUUAGCUCAGCACCUGCAGGUCAGCGAGGACGUGAUCAGAAGGCACUACGUGAGCGAGCUCUACAGCCACGGCGCCGACCACUUGGGGGAAGAGCGCGCCCUUGCUCGUGUCCCCCAGGCCACCCUGCAGGUGCAGGACAAGGAGGUGCUGGCCUCGCAGCUGCUGAUGCUGAGCGGGCAGAGGCUGGCGCACACGCUGCUGCACACGCAGAGCCGGGAGGGCAUGGAGCUGCUGGCGCGGCUGCCGCCCACGCUGUGCACGUGGCUCAAGGCCAUGAACCCUCAGGACCUGCAGAACCCUGACGUGCCAAUCGCCAGGACAGCCAGGCUGGUGCACCGAGUCAUUGAGCUCCUGCCCGAGAGCCACGGGCAGUACAGCCUGGCCCUGCACCUGCUCGAAGCCGUGGCCGCCGUGGCAACAGCCCCUUCGUGACAGCGGCCCCCAGCAGCGGGACUGGCAGCGGCACAGAGCAGGCGUGGGGGUGCGACACAGCAGCGGCCAGAGCUCUGUGGAGUGUGUCUUUUUGUAAGAUAAAUAAAAAUAUAUAUUACUUUUAAAAAGUGCAGUCCUGGCCAAGCUCCACUCCUUUGGUUGCCCCUGAAGAUGAACUAUGAACAAUGUUACACCGUAAUGACACAGACGGUUUACUGUUUAUUUUUAUUCAAACUGUAAGUAGCUUUAUUGUUAAACUUUGCUAUUUAAAACUGGCUAUAACUCACCAA